UGAUACAUCAUCGUCCUUCAUUGUUGUUGUUGUUGUUGUUGUUGAAUUAAUCAUAUUCGUGUUCGUUAUUUUCUUAAAUAUAUUCAUGGGUUCGCAAGAUCUGGUUUAUAAAAUACUAAAACAUAAAACCAUGCAAGAAAAGCGCCCAUCAACGUUCAGUUCUGAAGCGACUAGAACUACACUGCCAGCCCGUUUGCAAAAAGAGUUAUGCCUCGAUCGGAACAUAUUUCUCAGUUGGGAAAGUGCAAACGGACUGCCUGUCCUUUUCGAGAUUCUGUGACAGGUUUUACUCAACAUUUUCAGUCAAAAAGGUCAUGCUUUCUGCAAAUUUUUCAGCCAAAAUAAUUUUCAUCGACUAUAUAGUCAACAUUUUCGAAAAUUCUCGAUCUACGUCAAAUUCUAAAAUUGUAUAUUUUUUGAUAAACAGAACGGUGCCAAUUUUUUCAGAGCUGAGUGAGUUCGAGUCAUAACUCAGACUCAAGUCUACUCGAGUCGUAUUUUGUUUUUAAUUCGACUUAACUCGGACUCGAGGUGAAAGACUCGUGCAAUCUGGGAAAAAGACUCGCGAGUCAUUUUUUUAGAAUUCAAAUUUUCGUUUUCUUAUUCAUUUAUAAACCUUUUUAUUGCAAAGGAUUUAAAAAUAAAAAGAGGAGAAUACAUCACAAGAGAUAAGCCAUCCUGGUCAGUAUGACAAUAGACCAUUAUGAAACAUGAAAAGUCUACUUUAGCGGUUGAAUUUUGCUUCGUUUUGCACAAUAUAUGAAAUUUCACUUUUCUACACGUAGAAUUAACCGUCGGCUAUGACAAACAUUUCAUUGCAAAUAGAACAGAUCGUAGAUCUGAAGAAACAAAGCAAUAUUCUUUUUAGGCGAGCCAUUUUAGGCCUACCUUUCCAGAAAAAAAGUAGGCUGACUUUCAGUUAAAAAAUAUGACUCGAAUCAGAUUCUGGAGGGUCGUAUCACGAAAAAACUUAAGACACCGAUUUAACUAAGUCUAGACUUAAGUCACGCUUAAAUGUAUAAAAUUAGCACGUGAGUGCACACAACGAAGACUUAAGCCUAAAUUUUGACUUAAGUUUUUUUGUGAUACGGCCCUCUGGACUUGAGUCCAAAUGACUCGGGCUCGAAAAACGAAAGAAUCUUCCACCUCUGUUUUUUUUUCAUCGGUACUACAAGUUCUUUUGCAUGCAAUGCUGAAUGUGAUCGCUCAUCUCUCACUGUUUUGAAUGAUUUUUAUCGAGCGAACUGGAAGAAUAACUAGAAUUCAAAACAAUGUAAUUUAGACCUAUAGAGAGUUCUAGCGUAUUCCGUGUACGGUAUCAGUCACAACAAGCAGGAAGAUCCUUUAUUUUCUCUCCUUCUUUUUUGCACGUGUUUAGCGUUCAGAGAUGACUCACUAUUAAUAUGAAUGACUUAUUUUAGAGCAAAUCAUACCUUAUUGAGUCAUUUUAACUCUUACGCUAAGACGACGCAGAAAUUUCUGAAAAAUUGUAUCAGAAAACAUCCUCGAUGUGUUGUAUUGUUUCAGUUUUUCUUGCUUUUGAUUUGUACGUACAAUGUUACUUAGCAACGAAAUCAGUCUGAAUAUCGCAAUGGUUUACGACAGAAAUUUUUACCACUUGUGCAGGGUGUCGACUACAAAUCCCAGAAGAGAGUAAGAUUAAUAUUCAACUAGGUACUCAGAAAAUAGGUAAGAGAUUAAUGAAGUUGUAUGAGUUGCUUAUUGUUCGCAAAUAACAGCACUUUUCGAUAUAUUGCACAUUCUGAUAAAUCACACUCACGGCUGGAGAAAAACACUGUUUCGAUCGAUCGUAGUUCUAACACAUUCUGUUUAACUGAUGAUAAAUAAUAGCUAUAUGACAGCAUUCGGUGAUAUAUAAUAUUCCAGUAAUUAGUCUCGCUUCUGAAAUGUUAUUAUAUUUCUCUCUUUUUUUAGAUGGCUGCAGAAACUUCUCGAGUGCCUGUGAUCCACGUUGAUACACCCUACAAUAAAUUUGAUUUACGCGGCUACACAUGCGAAUUAUCGGCAAAUAGUUUUGUUCCACCAACUCGUUAUCAACAGGGGAAAGAACGAAAUUAUUUCAAUUAUCAAAAACAAAUAAAUCCAACAUCAACGUAUGAUCAAAUAUUUCAAAUUAAAUAUGAUUUCAAUCCAAAAGCUCAUCGCGAUGAUCGCCAACAUUCGAAAUUUAUUGGUUUAAAACAGUGGCAAGAAGAAAAUGAAAAAGUAUUUCCUACUCGCUCAUCCUCUGAAUAUGGUCGACGAAUAACACAAACAAUUGAUAAAAAUGAUCGAAAACACGUGCGAAUUGCUCAUGUUAAAAAUGAAUUUUAUCGUCCAAAUGGUGUUGAUCAAAAACCCGUGAAAGCUUAA